AUGUCCGAAUGGGAAUCCUCAGAUUACGAGCCGUGGCUUCCCGUUACGGAGAAAUCCAACCCUCUGACCCGGGAUCUGGACCGCUCUCCGGCCGGGGACGUCCUCCGGAUGCUGCAGGCCUGCGAUGCUGAGAUGUUCCAACCGGAGACCGAAACGGCCUACCAGAGGUUCUCCAGCGUGGGAGUGGUCGGAGCUUUGGUGGAGCUGGCAGAGAGGGUGCAGCUCAUCCUGAAGGUAUCGUCCAGCCGGGAUCCCGUGGACAGCCUCAUUGUGCUGAGCGGCUGUGGCACAUCCGGCCGUCUGGCUUUCCUCUUGGCGUCGGGCUUUAACAGAGCUCUGAGGCAGCUGGACCAGAGCCCCGUCUACUCCUACAUCAUCGCAGGAGGAGACAGGGCUCUGCUGUCCUCCCAGGAGGCCCCAGAGGACGACCCCGAACUGGGCACGCUCAGUCUGAAGCAGGUGGGGCUCCUCCCAGGUUCUGCCUCACAAACGCUGCUAUAUAAGGCCUGUGAGGGGAAGAGGAGGGUCCUGUUCAUCGGCAUUUCUUGUGGAUUAUCUGCUCCGUUUGUGGCCGCUCAGCUGGACUUCUGCCUGCAGCAUCCAGAGGUUUUCACCCCGGUGCUGGUGGGCUUUAACCCCGCCCACCAGGCCAGGGCGGAGCCCAUCCCCGGAUGCUCCUUCACCUUCCUCAGUGUGGCCCAGAGGAUGCAGGAGCGAGCCCGAAGGAGGGAGGCUUUCCUCAUCAACCCGGCAGUCGGGCCGGAGGCCGUCAGCGGCUCCUCCAGGAUGAAGGGAGGCAGCGCCACCAAGAUCCUGCUGGAGGUCGUGCUGUCGGCCGCGCACGCCACCGCCGCCACUAAGCAUGGCAUCCUGCAGCACAUUAAAGCUUAUGAAGAAACUGUGGACUUUACAUACUCACAGAGAGAGGAGCUGACGGCUGUGGUGGAGGCCGCUGGACACAGUUUGCUGGGGGGGGGCCGUGUGUGCUACCUGGGCUGGGGCUCCCCAGGUGUGCUGGGCCUUAUUGAUGCCAGUGAGUGUGUCCCCACGUUCGGAGCAGACUAUGAAGACAUCCGAGGAUUCAUCAGUGGAGGAUACAAAGAGCUGAGCAACAAUGAAGGCCCCUUAACUUCUCUGGUAUGUGAGGAGAAAGAAUAA